AUGCCCGCGUCAAAUGCGGAUCUCGCCACCACUUGGGCGUAUCUCGAGGAGGGUGUCGACCAUAUCAUGACCAAGCUCCAGACAGGCGUUUCGUACUCCAAAUACAUGAGCCUCUACACCGUCUCCUACAACUAUUGCACGUCGUCCAAGAUGCAUGGAACGGGGAGCGACGCCGGUGGAGGCAUGGGCCACCGAACCGGUGCCAACCUGAUGGGCUCUGAUCUGUACAAUAACCUCAUUCGAUACUUUGUUCACCAUCUCAAGACCCUCCGAACAACCUCCGACACGCUUCAGGACGAAGCGUUGCUGCGGUACUACGCUCAGGAGUGGGAUCGGUACACGACCGGUGCCAACUACAUCAACCGCCUCUUCACCUACCUCAACCGUCAUUGGGUCAAGCGGGAACGCGAUGAGGGAAGGAAGGGUGUUUACCCCGUAUACACGCUCGCACUCGUUCAAUGGAAGUCCAACUUCUUCAUUCAUGUGCAGAGCAAGGGUCAGAAACUUGCCGGUGCCAUCCUUAGGCUAAUUGAGCGCCAGCGGAAUGGUGAGACGAUCGACCAGACCCUCGUAAAGAAGGUCGUGGACUCGUUUGUCUCCCUCGGCCUCGAGGAGAACGACAUCAACAAGGUCUCGUACGAGGUGUACCGCGAACACCUUGAGACCCCCUUCCUCGAAGCGACCGAGAAAUACUACCGCACGGAAUCCCAGACGUUCCUCGGCGAGAACAGCGUCGCCGACUAUCUCAAGAAGGCCGAGGAGCGGUUACGCGAGGAGGAGGACCGCGUCGAGCGUUACAUGAACUCCAACACCCGCAAAGCACUCAUCACUAAAUGCGAGCACGUCCUCAUUCGUGAGCACUCGGAGCUCAUGUGGGACAACUUCCAGACCCUGCUCGACUUCGACAAGGACGAGGACCUGCAGCGCAUGUACGCCCUCCUUGCCCGUAUCCCCGAGGGUCUCGAGCCCCUGCGCAAGCGCUUCGAGGAUCACGUCAAGCGUGCCGGUCUCGACGCCGUCGCGAAGCUGGUGACCGAGGCAGGUGCGGAGAAGGGUGCGGGUGGCGAGGUCGACCCCAAGAAGUACGUCGACGCGCUGCUCGAGGUGCACCAAAAGAACUCCGAGACGGUCACCCGUAGUUUCCGUGGUGAAGCUGGUUUCGUCGCGUCGCUCGAUAAGGCGUGCCGUGACUUCGUCAACCGUAACUCCGCCACUGGCACGUCGUCGACCCACUCUCCGGAGCUGCUUGCCAAACACGCAGACGCAUUGCUCCGCAAGAACAACAAGAUGGCCGAGGAGGAGGACCUCGAGAACGCGUUGAACAAGGUGAUGAUCCUGUUCAAGUACAUCGACGACAAGGAUGUGUUCCAGAAGUUCUACACCAACAAGCUUUCGAAACGUCUGAUUCAUGGUGUGUCGGCAUCUGACGAGGCGGAGGCAAGCAUGAUCUCGAAGCUCAAGGAGGCUUGCGGUUUCGAGUACACCAACAAGCUGCAGCGCAUGUUCACUGACAUGAGCCUGAGCAAGGAUCUCACCGACAACUUCAAGGAGCGCAUGCAACAGAACCACGAUGACAUGGACAUCACCUUCUCCAUCAUGGUCCUUGGCACCAACUUCUGGCCCCUCAAUCCGCCCACGCACGACUUCAUCAUCCCCGCCGACAUCCUCCCGACCUACACCCGCUUCUCACAGUACUACCAGCAGAAGCACUCUGGGCGCAAGCUCACCUGGCUCUGGAACUACUCCAAGAACGAGCUCCGCACGAACUACCUCAACCAGAAGUACAUCCUCGUCACGAGCUCGUGGCAGAUGGCGGUCCUCCUGCAGUACAACAACAAUGACACGCUCUCGCUUGAGGAGCUCUUGGCCGCGACGGCGAUCAGCAAAGACAUCCUCACGCAAGUGCUUGCCGUGCUCGUGAAGGCGAAGAUCCUCGUCAACGACGAGACGGACCAGUACGACUUGAACCCCAACUUCAAGUCGAAGAAGAUCCGUAUCAACUUAAACACACCCAUCAAGGCUGAGCAAAAGGCCGAGUCGACGGACGUGCUUAAGACGGUCGACGAGGACCGCAAGUACGUCAUUCAGGCGACCAUCGUCCGUAUUAUGAAGGCGCGCAAGACGAUGAAGAACCAGACACUCAUCCAGGAGGUCAUUCAGCAGAUCUCCACGCGGUUCUCGCCCAAGAUCCCCGACAUCAAGAAGGCAAUCGACCACUUGCUCGAGAAGGAGUACAUCGAGCGCGUGGAGGGCACGCGCGACACGUUCGCCUACGUCGCCUAG